AUGGCCAAGUCCAAGAACUCGUCGCAGCACAACCAGGCCAAGAAGGCCCACAAGAACGGUAUCAAGAAGCCCAAGACUCACAGAUACCCUUCCCUCAAGGGCACCGACCCCAAGUUCAGACGCAACCACAGACAUGCUCUUCACGGCACCAUGAGAGCCCUGAAGGAGGUCAAGGAGGGCAAGAGAGAGUCCGCAUAA